CGUCCUCCUUCCUGUGUGCAGGCUCCUCUGGGUCAGACCCGGUCCAGAGGUCUACCAGGUCUUGGUCCAGAUUUCACUUACGGGACCGGCAGCUCCAUCAGAGAUGGAGGCGUGGCCGAGGUUCUGUCUAGUUGGGCGGUUCAGUCCCGACGAGGAGACUCUGCUCGGCCGCUCGCUCCGGACUUUGUGUCUCUGAACCGGGACGCGGUCCGGUCCGGUCUGGUGACGUCCAAAGAGCUGAGUCAGUACCGGGCUCAGUGGGGCGGGGCCAGGAGCCAAAGACCCGCCCCCAGACCGCAGGGGGGCGGGUCUUCACUGCGCCCAGCGGUGCCCGACAUCACGUUCGGAGUCACGACCAGGGCGUCGUCUCCUCUGUCCGACCUCCUCUCUCAUCAGUACGCUCGCCGCUGGCUGGACGAACAGCUGAGCCGGGAUCGAACCUGUGACCACAACCAGCAGCAGAGGAUUAAACCAGGUUGUAUUGCAGACACCAGAACCAGCCUGUUGAGGAGGAGCAGAGCUCUGCCCGUCACACAGACUCCCUUCAAACUGCCUCGCUUCACACAGGUCCCUCCAGCUCUGGAUACCUUCAGGGACCCGGAGGCUCGUCUGCGGGCAUUCAGGGCUCAUCAGUCGGACUCUGUGUCCAGGAGAGGAGUUCAGGGUCUGGGGUCAUACAGUCUGGACUGACCUCUGACCUGAAGGAGGAAACACUGAACACAUUAAUAAAAAAUAAUAAAACAUCUUUUCCAUCUGA